ACUUCAUAGUUCGGUCAAGCUCCAGCUGGACAAUCAGCUGAUGGGAAAUCACUGAAACUUUUGUGUUUUAGUCUUAAGAAAACCAUAUUGCCUCACUGUUUGACGAACAAAUUGGCCCAUAAUGCGGGGUCUAUUCAACAAUAUUUUAAGGUCAUGCGGACUUUUGUCCGCGUUUCUUCUGGUGACUGUGGUCGCCGCGGUGGUCCAGCGGGACGUCAAUACUCAGCUCAUCACGCCGGCCACAGAUCAAAACCUCACGUGGUGGCAGACGGCCAUAUUUUACCAAGUGUAUCCAAGGUCGUUCAAGGACUCUAACGGUGAUGGUGUGGGGGACAUUCAAGGGAUUAUAUCUGAGUUGGAUUACUUUGUUGACCUCGGCGUAGACUGUAUUUGGCUAAGUCCAGUCUACAAGUCCCCCAUGAGAGAUUUUGGUUACGACAUCUCAGACUACAAGGACGUCGAUCCAAUCUUUGGCACCCUUGACGACUUCCGGGAGUUGAUUCAAGAGAUACACAAAAGAGGGCUGAAGUUCAUCAGUGACUUUGUGCCUGGCCACGUCAGUUCUGACCACGAAUGGUUCAGACGUAGCGUUAAAAGAGAUGGGAAAUACACCAACUACUUUGUCUGGAGCGAUGGGAAACUGUUGGACAAUGGGACCAGAGUACCACCGAAUAACUGGCUGUCUGUCUUUGGUGGCUCGGCCUGGUCGUGGAAUGAUGAACGCCAACAAUACUACUACCACGCUUUCGACCCCCACCAGAUCGACUUGAACUACAGAGACCAGAACCUUCAGUGGGAGAUUAAAGACACGUUCAGGUUUUGGUUGGAUUAUGGAGUCGACGGUUUCCGAAUUGAUGCCUUCUCCCAACUCUUUGAGAAUGAGAAUACGUCACUAGACGAGCCUCUUUCUGGCAACAAUGUUCCACCAACUGAAUACGCCUAUCUGAAUCACAUCUACACAGCUGACCAGCCGGACAGUCUUCCGAUUUUAACGUCUUGGAAAAAUGUUGUGGAUGACUACUCCAAACAAGAUGGAAAAGUUAGAUACCUGGUUGUGGAGCUGUACGCCCCUCCCAACGUCAGGAACAAAAUCUACGGGGUAGGGGCUGUGCCUUUCAACUUUGACCUUAUCUCCAUGGGCACACACCCAACAGGACGUGACAUUUUCAGCAAGGUCAUGGACGAGUACAUCAACCUGCCCAGCGGAAAGUGGCCAAACUUUGUGCUCGGCAACCACGACCAGAAGCGUCUCAGCUACAGGUAUGGGGCUCAGUACGUCAACGUUUUCAACAUUCUGCUGCUGACCCUCUGGGGGACGCCCACGACCUACUACGGGGAGGAGCUGGGCAUGCUCAGCGCUAAUAUAUCAUGGGAGAACACCGUGGAUCCUCAAGGACUUGGUGCAGGACCGGAACGUUACCAGUUGUUUACCCGAGACCCAUCCAGGACACCCAUGCAAUGGUCCAACGACUUCCAAGCAGGCUUUUCAACGGGCAAUACGACAUGGCUUCCACUGGCAGAAAACUGGGCCACUCUUAAUGUUAAGACAGAGAACAGCAGUUCUCAACAAACACCCUACAAACUGUACAGGCAACUGGCACACUUGAGGAAAAACCAAGCUUUCCAAACUGGAACAUUUAGGGCCGCCCUAGUCACUGAUAACAUCGUGUCCUACCUGAGAGAGGGAACUUUACAGAGAUAUUUGGUCAUCAUGAACUUUGGACAGGAAACCACCGACGACUAUAGAAACUAUGGCGGACCUGCUGCAACUGUAGUUGCUAUAACACCAGGUUUGACAGGUGUGCAAGAAGGUCAAAGGUUAUCGUUGGAUGCUUUAAAACUGGAGCCUGGUCAAGGUGUGGUGUUGUUACUGGACCAAGACUUUGUCCCUACAAUAGGUUAAUGACAUGGAACAGAUCUUCAGCAUAGGAAGUUUUAUCUUAUUAAAGUCAACGCUAUACAUUUAGCAAUAUAGAUUUGAUUGAAUGAUUAAGUAUGUAUGUGUACACAUGUAUUGUCAACUUUAAAGAAUGUGUGUCUUGAGAAUAGUAUUUUGUAAUAUUUUACUGUCAUACUAGAAAUACGUAAAUACUAAUUAAAGCAAGAAUUCAUAUCAA